UGCUUUCUGAGUUUCUAAACUUGGCAAAGAACUCAACUUCACUCUCCGGUGUUUUGAUCAGUGUUGAGAAAGCAGUGUUCUUGAGAGAGAAGCAAGGGCUCGACGUGGUAAAAGCAGUUCUUGAUACUCUCACGGAAACUGGUUACGGCAAUGGAACAACCAAAACAAAGGCCAUGAUUCAGUCAACGAACAGUUCUGUUCUUAUUGACUUCAAGAAGCAGAGCAUCAAGUAUGAGACUGUCUACAAAGUUGAAGAAAAAAUUGGUGAUAUAAUAAGUGACUCUGCCAUCGAAGACAUAAAGAAGUUCGCUAACGCUGUUGUCAUCAUUAAAAAAUCAGUCUUUCCCUUAUAUGACGAUGGAUUCAUCAUAAGGCAAACCAAUGUUGUGGAGAAGCUGCACAAGUCUAAGCUCCCGGUUUAUCUGGAGGUGUUUCAGAACGAGUUUGUAUCUCAACCAUUCGACUUCUUCUCUGAUCCAACCGUUGAGAUAAACUCUUAUGUCAAUGGAGCUGGUGUAAAUGGAACCAUCACAGAGUUUCCUUACACAGCUGCAAGAUACAAAAGUAUAGACACAAGAUUAUCCACUUAAGCCAGCUUGAUUUUAU